AUGUCUUUCCGUAGCAUUUGCUUUGCCUUGUGGGCGCUGACGGCCCAGCUCUGUCUGGCGGCACCCUUACCAAAGCUUGAGGUUGGUCUGAUCAAACGGUCUGAAGCUGGACCGCAGAUUGGAGGCGCAAAUUUCCCAGAUCCAUCCAUUAUACAAGUCAAUGGCGUAUGGUACGCCUUCGCAACAAGAACGAUAGGAAGUAGCCUACACAUUCAGAUCGCCACAUCACCCGAUUUCAACACCUGGACCCUCGUCAGAAACUCGGACGGCUCCCAGAAAGAUGCUCUGCCCAACCUGCCCUCCUGGGUCAACGCUGCCUCACCAAACACGUGGGCGCCAGAUCUCAUCCAGAUUUGCCACGACAGCUCAGAACACCGCCCAACAUUGUGUUGGUGCGCCACAUCAAAUAGUAUUACCGGACCUUUCACACCUGUCGGCAAUGGCGCUCUGAUCUGCCCAACCUCUCAAGGUGGUGCCAUCGAUGCUGCUGGCUACUGGGAGGCUGCUACUGGACAGCGUUAUAUCACCUACAAAGUAGACGGCAACAGCCAGGGCCAUGGUGGAGCUUGUGGCAACAAUGUUGCUCCAUAUGUUGCAACGCCGAUCAUACUCCAGCCAGUCGCCAAAGAUGGUUACACUCUGCAAGGCUCGCCAACGACGAUCUUGAACAAUAAUGGUGCCGCAGAUCAGGGGAUCGUCGAAGCACCAUCCCUCACGAAAGUGGGCAGCACAUAUAUUUUGUUCUUCAGCUCCGGCUGCUUUACAACUGGCAGCUACACCGUCAGCUAUGCAACGUCCACCUCAAUCACCGGUCCAUUCACGAGGGCUUCAAGUCCACUCUUCGCCACUGGUACAGACGGCCUCAACACUCCUGGUUCCGCCGACAUCUUCAGAGACGGCAAGCACAUGCUGUUCCAUGCAAACUCUGCGUCAGGGAGAGCAUUAUACACCGCUCAAAUCACUGUGAAUGGGAACACCGUGUCAGCAUGA